UCAGGUCUUAAAAAUUAGCUUGAUUGGCCACCGGAAGCGCGUUCUGGCAUCUUUGGGAGACAGGCUUCACGAAGAUCCUCCUCAGAAACCACCUCGGUCAAUAACCCUCAGGGAACCCAGUGGUAACCACACUCCUCCUCAGUUGUCUCCAUCACUUAGCCAAAGCACUUUCACUACUGGUGGCUCCCUGGACGUUCCCCACAUUAUCAUGCAGGGCGAUGCAAGGAGAAGAAGAAAUGAAAACUAUUUUGAUGAUAUUCCCCGGUCAAAGCUGGAGAGGCAGAUGGCACAGACAGGAGACUGGGGAGAGCCUUCAAUUACCUUGCGACCUCCAAAUGAAGCCACAGCAUCAACACCUGUACAAUAUUGGCAACAUCAUCCAGAGAAACUUAUCUUCCAGUCAUGUGAUUAUAAAGCAUUUUAUUUAGGUUCUAUGCUGGUAAAAGAACUAAGAGGCACAGAAUCAACACAGGAUGCAUGUGCAAAGAUGAGGAAGUGGUGGGAGAAGUCUACAGAACAAAUGAAGAAAGUACCAACCAUUGUCCUGUCUGUUUCUUACAAGGGAGUCAAAUUUAUUGAUGCAACAAAUAAGAAUAUUAUUGCUGAACAUGAAAUCCGUAACAUUUCCUGUGCUGCACAAGACCCUGAAGACCUUUCUACAUUUGCGUACAUCACUAAAGACUUGAAGACUAAUCAUCACUACUGCCAUGUAUUCACUGCGUUUGAUGUGAAUUUAGCUUACGAAAUCAUUCUUACAUUAGGACAAGCAUUUGAGGUGGCCUAUCAGCUUGCACUACAAGCACGAAAAGGGGGUCAUUCUUCAACCCUCCCAGAAAGUUUUGAAAAUAAACCCUCCAAGCCUAUUCCCAAACCACGUGUUAGUAUUCGGAAGUCAGUGCAGAUAGAUCCAUCUGAACAAAAGACUCUUGCGAACCUACCAUGGAUUGUUGAACCUGGACAAGAAGCCAAAAGAGGCAUUAAUACCAAGUAUGAAACUACAAUUUUCUGAUACAAAACUGUCCCCCUGUUCCUUGUUGUGCCUUGCACGCCAAGCAGUCACAGCACAGCCUGUCCUUUAUGGCAACGUUUCAAUCCAGCAGAGAGGAAGACUGCACUUUAUGAGUGGCCUUGUAACUAACAAAAAAAGGCUGACGGUCAUUUCUGGUGAUGUUCUUCUUCCUGCAGCACUGACAGAAGAAUGACACUAUAUGAAGACACUUAAAAUUACAGUCCACAAGAGGAGUGAGAAACCUUAUUUUUCACGCAGUUCUCCCUUGUGACUCUGCCACAGUGCUUUCUUUGAUUUCUUAUUUAAGAAUUCUACUUUUUAAAAAGAACAAAAGGUCUCUAAUCUAAUACUGAUGCUGCCUAUGAGUAGAAUAUUUAAUUGGUUUUUUAUUUAAAUCUUGGCAGUUUUUAAUUGAAAUAGAACCAGAAUUAAUAAACAGAGUAUUUAUGAAACCACUGAAUUCAUUAAUAAUUACUGUCUUGAAUAAAGAACUCAUUAAAGUGACAAGAAAUUAUUAGGUACUCUGAUUUCUGUGUGCGCUGCUUUUAUAUGUAAUCAACGGUGUCCUUUGAUCCUCUAAAGAAAUAGGAACCUCUUGCAUUGUAACAAAGGAUCAGAGUUUUAUGAAUGGUUAGAAAAAGGUAUUAAUAAUGCACAGAAAACAUUUAUUAGAUAUUUUUAUGGAAGAGAAGUACUAUAGGAAAACAUAUUAAUAUUUAUGGAAGGAAGCCAGAUUAAUUAUGACAAAUAUUGUUUAUUUUAAAGUUAAGUAAACCACUGCUAUUGCAACAUUAUGAAAAUUAUAAGAGUUGUAGCAUCAGUGCACUGGAUGUUCCGUGUGAUCAGUCUGGAAUGAAAGUGGAAUGGUUAUUCUACUACACCUACAUAGAGUUUAUGCAGUUCAACAUUGCUAUAGCCAUGAAUUCUACUAGUAUUUUUUAAAAAUAAUCUCAGUGGUUCUAAAAAAAGUCAAAACUGGAUUUUGCUAUCAAGAUUUCUGUCACAGAAAGCUUGUUUGGAAAAGUGCUGAUAAAAUUCUACUGCAAAACUUUUUCUAAAUAAAAAUAGUGAGAAAAAGAAAAAAAUUCCAAAGUAAUAAAAAUGUUUUCAUGGAACACAAUAGUUAAGCAUUUGCUUAAUAUUUGAUUGAAUAAGAUUUACUUACAUUUUCUUUGAAGUAUUUUAAUUUUUUUAAUGUCUGUGGAGUAUUUGUAUAAUACCAUGAUGUAUAUUUAUGUAGAACUGAAAUGAUAACAGUACAAAUAUCACUAUAGGAGAAAAAUGAAAUUUUAACGUAUAUUGUUCUAUCCAGUCAAAUUGUGAAUCAUUUUGAAGUUCAUUAUAGAGAUAUUGAUAAA